GGCGCCGUGAUCCCUGGCUGCGCGCGGGGCAUGCGGCCGCCGCCCCCCGUCCUCGGCCCCCGCGGAGUGCAGCGCCCGCGCCGCCGCUGAGCCGGCGCCCACCAUGCUUCGGGCCCCGGCGCCCCUGUACGCCUGCCUCCUCGGGCUCUGCGCGCUCGUGCCCCGGCUCCCAGGUCUCAACAUAUGCAGUAGUGGAAGUGCCACCUCCUGUGAGGAAUGUCUGCUAAUCCACCCAAAAUGUGCCUGGUGCUCCAAAGAGGACUUCGGCAGCCCCCGCUCUGUCACCUCUCGCUGUGACUUGAGGGCAAACCUGGUCAGAAAUGGCUGUGGAGGCGAGAUCGAGAGCCCGGCCAGCAGCACGCGCGUCCUGCGCAGCCUGCCUCUCAGCAGCAAGGGCUCCAGCUCCGCGGGCGCGGACGUCAUUCAGAUGACGCCGCAGGACAUCGCCGUGAACCUGCGGCCCGGUGACAAGACAGCGUUCCAGCUGCAGGUUCGCCAGGUGGAGGAUUACCCUGUGGACUUGUACUAUCUGAUGGACCUCUCCCUGUCCAUGAAGGAUGACCUGGACAACAUCCGGAACCUGGGCACCAAGCUUGCUGAGGAGAUGCGGAAGCUCACCAGCAACUUUCGGUUGGGGUUUGGGUCUUUUGUGGACAAGGACAUUUCUCCUUUCUCCUACACGGCACCGAGAUACCAGACCAAUCCAUGCAUUGGUUACAAGUUAUUUCCAAACUGCGUCCCGUCCUUUGGGUUCCGCCAUCUGCUGCCUCUCACGGACAGAGUCGACAGCUUCAACGAGGAAGUUCGGAAACAGAGGGUGUCCCGGAACCGCGACGCCCCCGAGGGGGGCUUUGAUGCAGUACUCCAGGCGGCUGUCUGCAAGGAGAAGAUCGGCUGGCGAAAGGAUGCAUUGCAUCUGCUGGUGUUCACAACGGACGACGUGCCCCACAUCGCGCUGGAUGGGAAACUGGGGGGCCUGGUGCAGCCACACGAUGGCCAGUGCCACCUGAACGAGGCCAACGAGUACACCGCGUCCAACCAGAUGGACUAUCCAUCCCUUGCCUUGCUUGGAGAGAAAUUGGCAGAGAACAACAUCAACCUCAUCUUUGCAGUGACAAAAAACCAUUAUAUGCUCUACAAGAAUUUUACAGCCCUGAUACCUGGAACGACAGUGGAGAUUUUACACGGAGACUCCAAAAAUGUUAUUCAGCUGAUCGUCAAUGCGUACAAUAGCAUCCGGUCCAAAGUGGAGCUGUCGGUCUGGGAUCAGCCCGAAGAUCUUAAUCUCUUCUUCACUGCCACCUGUCAGGAUGGUGUCUCCUACCCUGGUCAGAGGAAGUGUGAGGGCCUGAAGAUUGGGGACACGGCGUCCUUUGAGGUGUCGGUGGAGGCCCGGAGCUGCCCCGGCAGACACGUGGAGUACACGUUCGCCCUGCGGCCCGUGGGAUUCCGGGACAGCCUGGAGGUGGGGGUCACCUACAACUGCACGUGCGGCUGCAGUGCAGGGCUGGAGCCCAACAGCACCAGAUGCAGUGGGAACGGAACUUACGUCUGCGGCCUGUGCGAGUGCAACCCUGGCCACCUGGGCACCAGGUGCGAGUGCCAGGAGGGAGAGAACCAGAGCGUGUACCAGAACCUGUGCCGGGAGGCGGAGGGCAAGCCGCUGUGCAGCGGGCGCGGGGAGUGCAGCUGCAACCAGUGUUCCUGCUUCGAGAGCGAGUUCGGGAAGAUCUACGGGCCUUUCUGCGAGUGUGACAACUUCUCCUGUGCCAGGAACAAGGGAGUCCUCUGCUCAGGCCAUGGUGAGUGUCACUGCGGGGAAUGCAAGUGCCACGCAGGUUACAUCGGGGACAACUGUAACUGCUCAACAGACAUCAGCACGUGCCGAGCCAAGGAUGGCCAGAUCUGCAGCGACCGCGGGCACUGCGUCUGUGGGCAGUGCCAGUGCACGGAGCCAGGGGCCUUCGGGGAGGUGUGUGAGAAGUGCCCCACCUGCCCCGACGCCUGCAGCACCAAGAGAGAUUGUGUCGAGUGCUUGCUGCUUCACUCCGGGAAGGCUGACAACCAGACCUGCCAAAACCUGUGCAAGGACGAGGUGAUCACCCGGGUGGACACCAUCGUGAAAGAUGACCAGGAGGCCGUGCUUUGUUUCUACAAGACUGCCAAGGACUGCGUCAUGAUGUUCACCUACACGGAGCUCCCCAGCGGGAAGUCCAACCUGACGGUCCUCAGGGAGCCAGAGUGUGGAACCGCCCCCAAUGCCAUGACCAUCCUCCUGGCUGUGGUUGGCAGCAUCGUCCUCAUUGGGAUUGCGCUCCUGGCCAUCUGGAAGCUGCUUGUCACCAUCCACGACCGGAGAGAGUUUGCAAAGUUCCAGAGUGAGCGAUCCAGGGCCCGCUACGAAAUGGCUUCAAACCCUCUGUACAGAAAACCCAUCUCCACGCACACUGUGGAUUUCACCUUCAACAAGUUCAACAAAUCCUACAAUGGCACGGUGGACUGAUGUCGCCUUCUCCUGGGGGUAGGAGGAGCUGAUGAAAAAGCCAGACUGAAAUGCCUUGAACAGCUGCUGGCGUGUCGCAGCUCCCUGGAUAGGCAAGCGCAGAGAGGACUCCGUGAGCUGGGCGGGGAGCCCGUUGCCUGCACGGCAAGGUACGGCCACACCACCCGGCUGCUGGGCUGGAGCCACGCUAGGCUGUGUCCCCUCCGAGCCCAGGAAAGGCACGGGGACGUUGGCGCUUUCCCCACCACACACAUCCCGCUCGUUGUGUCAGCGAACUGCUGAGAUGCUGGGCUGCCUCUCCCUCCUGGAAGGGCUGGCCUCCAGCCUGGCCAGACAAGAAGGCCACUGGGGAGGGGACAAGUGUGUAAAACCAACAUGCAGUCUGGCUUUUUUCACGUUGAUCAUUUUUAUAUGAAAUAAAAAGAUCAUGCAUUUAUGGCGUAGUUCUGAUUACUGAGACUUUUCUGCCUGGCGUCUGUGCCUUGCACACGGGUGUUGGUGAUGGGACUGUCGAGAUGCCUAUUCAAGGUGUGUAGUUUGCAUAUGUCAGUUUUCCUCUCCUGUGCAUGUUUGUUUAGUAAUUUUGUAAUGAAAAGGAAAGAGAUUGGGGUUGAAAGUAAAGAUUAAAACCGAAAGAGUUUGUGUUUGCCCGA